GUUUGCAGAGCUGGGUUAUUUAGGUAUGGGGAACCUAGUCCACAAAUAAUAAAUUUUGUUGUUAAUGGUUGUACCUUGGAGUGGCAAAGGAGAACAUGACAGCUUCUGCAGAAUCCCUGUCUUCCUUCAGUGAAAGAGUGAACAUGUUUGGACACGGUUCCCGGAUGAAGAAAUCUUUUGUUUGCCGCCAAAGAUACAUGGACCAUUUGGAUGGAAAGAUGAAGUGUUUCCUUAGCCACAUGUCUGCUAAUUAUAGACGAAGCAUGACCAUACCAGACAGGUUCAUGAACCAUUUCAGAGGAGAGCUCUCCGAGAGCAUUGAGAUCGAGUCCCCUGAUGGCAAUGUUUAUGGUGUUAAGGUCAUAAAGCAUAUGGAUAAGAUUGUUCUCCAAUGUGGAUGGGAAGUAUUUAUUGCUGCCCAUCACAUAAAAGAAAAUGAUUCGUUGCUGUUCCAGCACAUUGAGAACUCCCGUUUUAAGGUCCUGAUCCUCGAUUCAGAUGGUUGUGAGAAAGUGUUUUCCUGCUCUGGAAUCAAAAUAACUACUAAUGCCCAAGAACGAGCUGCAGAGUAUGUUGAUAUUUCAGAUACCGCUCAUGACUAUACCAAGAAAUUGUCAGGCAUCCGUAAAAGAUCUACCAGUUGUCAAAGGAUUACUCGAAAUCAUCGUAGAAAAGCAGCAAAGGUGGCGUCAGCAGCCUCUUCAUGUGAGGAAUCAGGUUAUAUUGUUGACUCUUCUACUGCUGGUUAUGAGUCGUCUUUCGAUUUUGAUGACACUGAGACAAAUCCGGAGCCUGAUUAUGUGCUAUCACGUACGAGUCAUCUAUCUGCAGAAGAAGAAGAGAAAGUAGAGGAGCUUAUCGAGGAAAUCCGACCUGAAAUUCCUGUAUAUGUGGCUAUCUUGAAGCCGAGCAAUGUCAAAUCACAAUAUCCUUCUCUUGUAAUUCGAAAUGAUUAUGCAGCUGCGCACUUCCCACAUAAAAAUCAAUUUGUCACGCUUCAGCGGCCAGGCAAGAACAAGAAGUGGCGUCCCAAAUUUUACAUCAGAAAAGAUAGAACCGCCUACAUGUUUUUUGGGCAUUGGUCAGACUUUGUGCACGACAACCAUGUGCGGGAAGGCGACAUCUGCAUCUUCCAACCAGUGAAGAAUGCUGGAACAGAGUUCACCAUGAAAGUUCAUCUAAUUCGUAAAUCAAAGAAGAAGAAAGUGGAAGAAAGAGUUCACAUCAUUCAGUCUGGUGUUCCUAUCUAUGUGGCCAUAAUGAACAACAGUAAUGUUGAUACCAACAGCACCUGCAUCUUAGCCUUUGGCAAGCAAUAUGCCACCGAGUACCUUCCAGAUGGUGAGCAAACGCUGACACUCCUGAGGAAAGGGAAGAGCAUGAUAUGGAAGGUCAAGAUGCUCCCAAGGAGCGGUAGUUCGCGUGGGCAGAUGCUCACUGGAGGUUGGCGUGAAUUUGUCCAUGACAACCGCCUUGAAGUUGAAGAUAUCUGCCUCUUCCAGCAGAUGGACGACAAGAGGCUUACAAUGACAGUUGAUAUCAUUCGCCAUGGCUAG